AAGACAGGCAUUCAUCAUCUUAAGCCUAGUCAGCGUCUCGGCUACAUCCACCCGUCUGGUACAGGAUUCUCUGGCUAUCGCCAGGCCCAAGGAAAGAGACCUCGCUUAGGCUUUGGUAGAUCAGGUGGAAAGGAGGAUUGCGAUGAAAUUUCCUCGGCAGCGAUUGAUGAAAAUGAAAUUCACAAUAUAUUUGUAAGAAUCCUCGGGUCGGAUUUAGAAAAUCUCGUCUACCACCUGGUAACUUGCUUCAUUUUGUUCUACUCUGGUCAAUUAAAGGGUGUUUGCCAUCUUCUGAACUCAUUGCAUCUAGUUGAAGCUAAAUUCAAGGCUGGCUGUGGACAAAGUCUAUUAGAAGAUUUUGAAUUGCCAAAUACAUCUAUGUCGGUUAGACUCAGAAAGGAAUGGGAGGAGCUGACUUCUUCUCCAACAGUUGCAAAGAAGCUCAGCGAAAUGCGCAUAUUUAUCGGUCAUUAUCACAAUAUUCUACAUCAGUAA